AUGGAGCGGCCGGAGUUGAUGGCGUGCAUCGAAGAGCCCGUGGCCGAGCUCGAACCCAGAGGCAGGCAUGGAGACGAGCAGCGGGCCGAGCCCGUGGAGGCGGCGAUGUGGGAGGCCAUGGAUGGGUUGGCGCGGUUCAGUCAAGCGUCCGUCGUGCGCCGCAUCGGCGUGUUCGUGCGGCUGGAGGCCAUCCGGACGGAGAAGCACCAGACGCGGUACCAGCCGUUGCAGCCGUACAUGGACGAGCAGUCGAUCGUCAAGCACGUGCGGCCGUGGCAGCAGAUGGUGAUGUUUUUCGCACGCACCCAGCGCGAGCACGCGUGGAAGAGCCCCCGGUACCGGUUCACACGCCGGCAGCGAGACGCGUGGGAAGCGUUUGUUAAAGAGGCAGAGAGGAUUGCGGAAGGGGGGGCAGACGAAGAAGAAGAAGAAGACGAAGGUGAAGAGAUGGACGUAGACGACGGCGAAGAGGGCAUGGCGGACGACGUCGACGAGGGUAUCGACGAGAUGGAGGCAGCCCAAGACACAGCCCCCAACGCCAUCGUCGAGCCGACGAAGUUGUCGAGCAUCCAGCGGGCGUGUUUAGAGUUUUGCGUUGCGUUGAUGAGCCAGAAGAUCACCCGCAGGGAGUACGACAGCGCGUUGGUGUGCGCGUUGGCCGUGUUGGGCGUCAAGGAGGACGGGUGGAAGGGCGCCGAGCAGUAUCCGCCCGUUUUGUCGGCCGUGAUCAAAGUCGCCCGAUUUAUGGUGGUGCAGCAGGCGUUAGAGUUGUCGGGGCCGUUAGACGAGGACGAGUUGGACGACAGCGCGUACGAGAGCGACAGCAGCGGGCCGCGCCAACGCCAGCCCAAGGGGUGUUUGCAGUUUGUGCAGGAGAUGAUGGACCGGUUCAUGGUGCGAGGCAGCCACGGACCCAUGCAGUGGAUGUUAGAUUUACGGACGUACGGGUUGAAGAUCCAUUACAACACCACGUCGCGCGGGCAUGUUGAGUGGACGGGCGGCGAUGAGUUGUUGUACAAGGGGUUGCAGUUCAACAUGGCGCAGUUCCGCGGCAUAGUGCACAGGUUAGCAACCAAAAGCCAGCGAUUGUUAAUAGAGGAGUUUAUGUUUAGCAGCAGCAAGGCCAGCGAGCCUAUACCCUACAGUCCGCAACAAGCAAUCUAG